AUGAGGGUUCUUCUUCUUCUGGCUGUUGUCGCCGCUGUGACCGCGAUGAAGAGAUACGAUGGGGCCCCACUGCCCACCCACGGGGGACGAGAGCUGUGGUGCGACUCGGGCGUGGCUAGGGCUCGGGCAUCCGUGAGACAAGCGAAGGGUGUGGCAGAGAGCGUCCGCCUGACCCGGGCGGGGCGCUGGAAACGGUUCAAGGUUCUGCGGGUCAUACCGAAGGACGAAUCCGAUGUGGCAUGGAUACAAAAUCUGGAGCUUCAUUCCUUGGUCGAGAUAUGGAACUCGCUGCACAGGUCCAACCAUCCCGUGGACGUCAUGGUGACACCGGCCAACGAGGUGCAAGUCACCGGGUUGUUAGCAGACAGAGGCCUGGACUAUACCGUCAUGAUCGCCGAUGUCCAGGCUCAGCUUGAUAGCCAGGCCGUGGCCUCUGAUACACCCCCGGGCGCAUCAACUGCCGCCUUGGCGGACUUCCAGUAUGACAUAUACCACACAUAUGACCAGAUUCAGCAGUGGGUUAGUGACAUGGCUACCGAGCACAACAGCAUCGUGUCAAAGUUCAACUUGGCGAAGUCUUACGAAGGUCGCGAUAUCAACGGUAUCAAGAUUUCGACGGGUGUUGGCGAUCCAAAUAAACCCAUCGUGUGGUUUGAGGGUGGCAUCCACGCACGCGAAUGGAUAUCACCAGCUACGGUCAUGUUCAUUUCCAAAUCGCUGGUGGAAGACUACAAUAACGGGGUCACCAACGUGGUCAACAUUUUGGACGGGUUUGAUUUCCACAUCAUUCCUUCCCUGAACGUCGAUGGUUUUGUGUACACACACACGAAUGACCGUUUGUGGAGAAAGACCCGCAGUGAUCUACUGCCAGAGUUUGGGUGCAUCGGAGCAGAUCCAAACAGGAACUGGCCCUACGAAUGGGGAGGCAGCGGUUCGAGCCCAUGGCCCUGUACAAACAUUUUCCGGGGCCGUGAGCCUCUGUCUGAGGUCGAGAUCAGAGCGGUUGUGGAUUACCUCACGGCGCUGAGAGACUCGGGACGUGAAAUCAAAAUGUUCAUUGACUGGCACAGCUACUCGCAACUAUGGAUGGCUCCCUGGUCGUUUUCUUCUGCGGAACCUCUACCGCCAGAUGCCGAUGACCAGGACAAUCUGGGCGCUGCCGCCGUUGCUGCUAUAGAGAAAAAGCACGGAACAAAAUAUGUCCAUGGAGCAUCGGCCAGACUCCUCUAUGAAGCGGCUGGGGCGAGCUGCGACUGGGCCUACGCCACGCUGGGAGCCAAAUACUCCUACGUGGUGGAGCUGAGGGACACCGGGAAGUUUGGCUUCGUAUUACCCCCCGAACAAAUCCUGCCCACCGCGGAGGAAUCCUACGCGGGGAUCGUAGCCGGAUUGGAGUAUGCCUUGACACAUUAACAAAAUAAUGGUGCAGUGUCGCGUGUAUGGUAUGCGCUCUAGGAGAAAUGGACGUAUAGAGCACAUGGGGGAUGUGAUCCUGCUCCCACCCCUUCUUACUCCACUACAGCACCGGUGGAAAUAAGCAAGGGUGAUUCGUGAACGUUUCGUUUGUAGUUAGCGGGUGGGGUGGUGGGAUAAGGUUGGCAGACACGGGGAUGACUUGUUUAUGAUAAAAAGACAGAAGCAAUCGUUCAAAGUGAAUAUUAGACAAAUAGCUAAUGAUGAUGACACCGUGAAACUCGACAACGGACCGCGACAUAGAAGCAUGGACGUGCAUUAUACGACCAUUAUAAAGAUAAUAACAUUUUGCUGAAUUGAAAACCUUGAUUUGUGACGAGUUUGUUACCGUGACGAUGAAUGACUACUUUGGGGCCAUUAUAUUGGUGUUAAAUGGAUGUUGGGGCACAUGAUGGUGGCAAAAGGGAUGGAGGUUGUAGUAGGUGGUUAACAUAGUCGUAGAUUAAUUGUAACUGGUGUGGUUAAAGGCGGCUUACACAAUUCGUCCAUGCGUUUCACUUUCGCAGACACAAAAAUCGACCCAUUAACAUAACACACGUGUGCGUUGUGUUUGGCCGUUGAAAUCGCUCCCGUCGUCCGUGAAAGUGAAACGCGUGAACGCACGGUGUUCACAACGCACCAUUGGCCCCUACGUCAUGCGCCAUUCUUUGUGAAAAAGAUUGCGCCGGAACUAGCGCAUGUUGGCUUUAUACACAUAAUAACUGUGCUCGUAGGAUAUUCACUUCGGCAUUACUUGCACACUUAAAUUACAGUUCGCGUCACUGGCGAAUUGAAGGGUAGGAGCCUAGGCCAAAGGGGGUUGAAUAUAGGCCCUAAUACUUGUAAUGACAUAUCUGGGGGGAGGAGUCUGUGAUACGUAAUCUACAUGUACCUGGAAAUGUAAGAAACUGAAGAUCGAUUUGGACAUGAUUUUUUAACAUAUUUCCGACUUCACGCGCCCUUUUCUCAGAACAUAGUUGGGGAAUCAUUCCUCAUUUAGCCUAGGUGUAUAGAUUUCAUAUUCUAGUCGUAGUAUACCCGUAGAUUAGUGAUUAGGCCUAAACUAUAGAAUUCUUCCUACGACGAACCCCAUAGAUUUACGGGUAAUUCUGUAGAAAAAAAAGUUUUGAUUUGGUGGUGUGCAUGGUGUAACAAUUUUACUUACGUUUUCUGUUUAAGUUAUUUUCUGAUCCUGGUGAGGGAUUCUGUCUAUUUUCUUCUGCAGGAUUAAUUGUUUUGGCACUGGUAAAUGUUGAAUCUUUUCAAAUCAGCUUUUCUCUUUGUCAUCGCUCAUGUCGCCUAAAACUCAGUGACAUGCAGUCAACCUGGGACUUCAAGUAAUAAAACAUAGUAUUUUCGUAGUUUUAGUAGUAUUAGUGAAAUGUGGUGCGUAUAGUGGUUUUGCUUGUGAAAAGGGUUCAAGUUACGUUUAGUUAAAGAUUUUGGAAUUUAAAAAUGUCUCUUCAUAAAUGAUUAAAG